GUUCGACUAGGUUGGCCUUUUCAAGCGGAAAAAAUAAAAAUUCAGUAACAAGGUGUUGAAUUGUUCAUGAACUAUGCACCUAUAAAACGUAGCAUCUUUCAAACGAAGAAGCAUCAGUUGUUCGCAGCCGUUGGAGCGUUUAGUAGCUAACCAAUCUAGUCGUAUCAACAAUGAAGUUUUUCAUUCUGCUAUCUGUCGCGAUUGCUUUUGCCUCUGGGGCUCCAGUAGAAGAAUCGGACAAAAAGGAAAAACGAGGACUCAUCGAGAUCGGGCACAACUUUGGUUAUGAAGAGCCGAUCCAGUAUGACAGCCACCACGACGGUUGGACCGAUCAUCAUGUGACCAAGCACGUGACCGUCCAGAAGAACGUCCCAGUCCCAUAUCCAGUUGAAGUUGAGAAGCAUGUUCCGGUUGCUGUUAAAGUACCAGUUCCGGUGCACGUUGAAAGACAGGUACCUGUUUUAGUAGAGAAAAAUGUUCCAGUUUAUGUCGAAAAGAAGGUUCAUGUAGCUGUCGAUCGUCCUGUGCCUUAUCCCGUCAAGGUAAACGUGCCGGUCUAUCAUAAACAAGUCGUCGAAGUUUCGAAGCCUUACCCUGUGCACGUGGAGAAACCAUAUCCAGUUUAUGUAAAACAACCAGUGUAUGUGGAACAGCCUGCUCAGGUGUAUGUCAAGGACCAUUCUUACUACCACAAAAAACCUUAUUGGGGUUGAAGAAGGAUGUCUUUUGUCAAGAUAUACAAUUUGAUGCCUUUGGUCGGUGGGCAAACUUAACAAAUCUGUGAAAAUUUAGUAUGAAACGUAGCUUUUUAUAAUAUUUUUGCUUUGACAGCUUAAAAUUUAUUAAAAAUAAAUAUCAUGUAAUAAUUUUGCUGGUAUCUAA